AGCAAGGGGUCCGGGCGCAAAACGCCGCCCGCGGCGUCUUGCCCAUGGACGACGAGCGACGGCUUUUGCCCGAGGCGGCGCCUGCUGCCGGCGGCGCCGCGGAAGCUGCCCGGCGCUGUCGGCGCCUGGGGUUGCUCGGGCUGGGGCUGGCGCUGCUAGGUUUGGCGUUCGCAGGCUCCCGUGUGCGGGAAGCUGCGGCGCUGGAAGCUGCAGAGGUCUUGGAUGAGGUCGACACUUCCAACUUUCUGGACCUGGUGCGGGUGGUGCCCUACGGCGUCCUGGGGGUCCAAAGUGGCAAAGGCGGCUUCGCGCAGACGGGGCCCGAGCCAGAGGAGUCUACGGCCAUUGUGGACCCUGCCGGCCUGCGCUUCGUGCAAGACCUGGGCCCGGCUGGCGCUGGGGGCGCCUCAGGUGCGAUCUAUUCCUGGCUGAGGAUCAAUCUGGAUGCAAAGUUUCCCGCGGCGGUGCGGCGAGCCAUCCAGAAGGAGGGUGAUGCGAAGCACUACGCCUACGGCCAGAAGCAGGUGAUCCACGUGGUGGGCCCCGACUUCAGCGCGGUGGCCUCGGACUCCUCUUCCGCGCGGAAGGAGGCGAUGCGAAAGCUGGAGAAAGCCUACAAACACGUGCUGGAGGAGUUCCUUGACUCGGGGGCCACGGGGCUCCGCAUGCUGCCGGUCUCGGGGGGGAUCUUCGCAGGGCCCUUCCAGGAAGAGCUGCCGCGGAUGACCUUCGCGAGCCUAAACAACGCUUUCAGGUCCCUGGAGGUUUCGGAGCAGCAGCGCUUGCGGCGGCAGCUGAGGGGCCGCCUGGAGAUGUGCAUUUUCGCGGAGAGCCAGGUGCCAGCCUUUCGGGCUGCGUGCCCAAUGUGCCGCACCUGACAAGAACAAGCCAUUUGAUGGCUUGUUUGCUGAAUGGCCGUGCAUUUCAGUGGGAAGUCACCUCAAAAGUGGGUGGUGGAGAUGAAUCCCCGCCGAAUUCUGAUGUCCACCAAGGGGUCCCCAAUGAAGC